ACGCUGCACAGGGAUGUUUGUCCAAACAGGACUACAUUCCUGUGCAGGAAGUUAACAUGGAGAAACAGUGGCCCGCGCUUUGUGCACUGAUCGUAGCACUCGCUGCGUUUGUGCACCUCGCCGCCGUGGAUGCUGCAGAAAGCCAUCGCAGCCUCACAGCGAAGCCGGGCCUGUGUCCUCGUAGGCGCUGGGGCUCAGGGAUGUGUGCCGAGUUUUGCUCCAGAGACGGCGACUGCCCCGGCGAUGACAAGUGCUGCCACAACGGAUGCGGACAUCAGUGCAUCGCGCCGUACACAGUGAAACCAGGGCGCUGCGCUCUGCCCCAGACCACCCCCAUGUGCGCCGAGUACUGCUACCACGACGGCCAGUGUCCAGGGGAGCAGAAGUGCUGCAGGACCACCUGCGGCCACGCCUGCAGUGAACCCUGCUGAUCAAUCAGUCACGGUCAAAACACAACAUACUCUCCAUUGGUUUGAUUAUAGUGACACACUUUGGAAGCAUAUCUGAGCACUGGAUUCAUGUGCCUGUGGCUGUUAAGUUGUUUUUUGAGCACUUGGAAAAGCUAAACUAUGCAAUAAUGAGCUGUUCUCUUUACACAGUGUCAGUCUUUACACGCAUGUUUUCUAUAAAUCACAUACUUGAAAGAAAUGUUGGCCGGGAGCUGCUCACAUUCCUCAAAAGACCUGCAGGAUAUUUGUAGAAUGACUUGAUUAGUUGAAUUACUUCUGACUUCAUUGUCAGUAUAAUUGAUGUAUUGUUUUACAGUAUUUUUUUUAAAACAUGCUUUGCAAAUUCUCUGAGGUUCCGAAGUAUUUUAUGUUCCGUUGCAUUACAAUAAACAUGUUUCCAGGA